AUGGCGCUCGCCGGAGGAGUCAACGUCAUCACAAGCCCUACUCUGCACCAAAAUCUCUCGGCUGCGUCUUUCCUCAACCCUCACGGGUCAUCGCGAGCCUUCGAUGCCGAGGCCAAUGGCUAUUGUCGUGGUGAAGGCGCCGGCAUUCUCGUCCUCAAGACUCUUUCAAGGGCGAUAGCCGAUGGGAAUACAGUUCUUGGAGUCAUUGCUGCCUCGGCAGUCAAUCAAGGCUCCAACCACACUAACAUCACCGCUCCGGACUCACAAUCCCAGAGUUCCUUGUACAAACGCGUACUUUCUGCCGCACGGAUAGAAGCCAAGGAAGUCACUUACGUUGAAGCACAUGGCACUGGUGAGGAAAACCCGUAG